AGGAGAAUGACGGCGACAUGGACAAGGCCAUGGAGUGGCUCAAGAAAAAGGGCAUCGCCAAGGCGGACAAGAAGGCUGGAACUGCCACCACGGAGGGCGCCAUUGCCUCGUACGUGCACUUCAACUCGAAGCUCGCGGUGCUGGUCGAGGUGAACUGCCAGACCGAUUUCGUCGCCAUGAACUCGAUCUUCAAGGAGUUCUGCGAGGACGUAGCCAUGCAGCUCGCCGCCAACCCCACGGUGGUCUCCGUGUCCAGCGCCGACGUGCCCGAGGACUUGAAGGCGAAGGAGAGGGAGCUGGAGAUGAAGAGGGAGGACCUGGAGGGCAAGCCAGACAACGUCAAGGAGAAGAUGGUCGAGGGCGCCCCCCCCCAUUUCUGCGCGCUUCGCCAACACUUAGAAGUGAUCAUCCGACGGAGUGACCUCUGGUGUGGGCCCCCCAGGGCCCCCCGAUUGCUGAGUGCGCUUGGCUCGGGCCUCCCCGCGCACCCCCCCUCGAAGCCGCGCAGCGAAGGCCGCUCUUGC